UAGAAUGAAAACAGAAAAUAACCUCCGCCCUGUAACGCAGGUGGGAGAGUGUGUGUUCCGCUGUGAGGCCUGUUCUGGGCCCGUCGCAGCUGUAAAUGGCCGCAGACCGGAGGAAGCGACGGUCACUAGUUUUUUACCAGAAGCCAAAUUUAACGCGAACUAACUUAUGGUUUUGUUGAAGCAGCAGAUUUUAAUCCUUCUUUUCCCGCGUUAGUGGAUAAAUAUAGAGACUCGAGGUUUAACUGCUGUUUUCAUAAAAUAUUAUCAACAUUAUUUUAACACAGAAUCACUGGAAAUAUUCUUUAAUAUCAUCAUUAUUCGGCCCUGAGCUCGUUCACCUUCGGGACUCAGCGGCAGCAGCCGAACGGUUCUCCUCCAACUUUCUGACCCAAACUUUUCGCUCGUGUCACGUGGUACUCGUACCUUUCGAAAUGGGCGGGUGUUUCGGGGCCGAGCUCGCGGGCUCAUUGGCCUCCCGCGUCGCCCGUAAGGCCUCGGAGCGCCGUGAUUGGCUGCACGGGCUCAGACCCGCGUGCUUUCUUGACUCAUAGAGGCGCGGGCCUCGGAGACGAGCAUCAAUCUCCGUCCGUCGACACCGGCUGGAGAGAGAGAGAGAGAGAGAGAAAGAGAGAAAGAGAGAGGGAGAGUUUCUGUGGUUUUCUGCUGAAAUGUUCGUUUUAUAGCCCGCGAACAGGUGUGAACUGCACGCGGAGCUGAGAACAUCCCGCUUCCCUCCAUGUGGAUAUUUCUCACACGGUGGAUCUGAGCCCUCAGACGUUUAACCGGAUUUUUGGUUUUAAGAAAGGAGCCUGAAGAAGGAGCCGAGUUCAGCGCCUGAGCCCCGGGAGAUCUGCGCCCUUCCUGCCCGUCCAGACUGCGGUCUCCCCUCCGCGCCUUUAGCAUGAUGUCUUAUCUCAAACAGGCCCCGUACGGGAUGAACGGACUGGGCCUGAGCGGAGCUGCCAUGGACCUGCUGCACCCGUCGGUGGGGUACCCAGCCAACCCGCGGAAGCAGCGCCGGGAGCGGACCACCUUCACCCGGACUCAGCUGGACAUUCUGGAGUCGCUGUUCGCCAAGACGCGCUACCCGGACAUCUUCAUGAGGGAGGAGGUGGCGCUGAAAAUCAACCUGCCGGAGUCCAGAGUGCAGGUCUGGUUUAAGAACAGACGAGCCAAGUGUCGGCAGCAGCAGCAGAGCAGCAACAGCGCCAAGGUGAAACCGAUGAAGAAGAAGUCGUCUCCGACCAGAGAGAGCACCGGUUCAGAGAGCAGCGGCCAGUUCACCCCACCAGCGGUGUCCAGCUCCUCCUCCUCCGCCUCUUCAGCUUCAUCCUCCUCUUCCUCUUCCUCCGUCUCCUCCGGUCUCAGUGGUCCUGGUCUGAUCAGCACCUCUACCUCCGUCACCGCCCCGGUGUCAUCCAUCUGGAGCCCGGCGCCCAUCUCCCCGGCCCCGGCCCCGCCCACGCUGCCCGACCCUGCUGCGCCCACCAGCGCCUCCUGCAUGCAGCGCUCCGUGUCGUCCUCUGCCGCCGGGGGGACACCCUCCUACCCGGUGUCUUACAGCCAAACGGCGGCAGCGUACAGCCAGGGCUACCCGGGCUCGGCGUCAGGAUCCUACUUUGGCGGCGUCGAGUGCGGCUCGUACCUGGCGCCCAUGCACUCCCACCACCACCCGCACCACCCGCACCAGCUCAGCCCCAUGACCAGCAGCUCCAUGACGGGACACCCGCACCAUCACAUCGGCCAGACAUCAGGGCACCACCACCAUCACCACCACCCGCCGCACCACCACCAGGCGUAUAGCGCGCCCGGCCUCGCCUUCAACUCCACAGACUGUCUGGAUUACAAAGAGCAGACGGCGGCUUCGGCCUGGAAACUCAACUUCAACGCCUCCGACUGUUUGGACUACAAAGACCAGGCCUCGUGGCGUUUCCAAGUGCUGUGACUUCCCCUCUUCCUCUUCUUCUAUGCUUUCAAAGAAGUAUUAUUUUUGUUGUUGGUGGUUUAUUUUUGAAGAUCCUUUAAACUAACAGUAGAGACAUUUUUAAGAAGUUUAUUUGUGAACGACCUGAAACGAGGCACAGAGAUCUGACGCCUGAGCAGGAGCCUCGGCUCUGUCGUUAUCAGCGGAUCCACUGGACCAGGAUUAUUUUUCUACUCCGGAGCUCGAGAGAAGCCGACCCAUUUACGACAUUCGAAGGCCUUUAACAGCAAAAGUUCAGUGGAACCUGCAGGAUCGUGCAGCCUGGGACCGUCUCAGCGUCUCAGCGUCUCAGAUUCUGACACGAAUACCUGAAAGAAAAAAUAAAUUGGACUCUUUGAGUGGGCUUUUCCAAACACCUUUUCAAAAACAUGAUGCUGCUGUGAUUUUCAGGUUGCUUAUGUUCAUUUCUAUCUGAUUUCCAACUUGAAACUUGUUCAGAAACUCGUCGUCCAGCCCGUGGGUGUUGUAUUUUGGACACUGAAUUGCAGCACUUGUUUAUAAGGUGAAAGAUUUUGCUAUUUGUUCUUUGCAGCAGAAAGAAAAUAAAAAUGUGAAUUAGACACGAUGUCAGUAUUCCAUUGAAAUUUGACAGAUGUACA